AAACUAUAAAUAACCGUAAUUUCUGUCCGGAUAAAACGUGUAUGUAAUAUUAUUAUUAUCAUUAUUAUUAUUCAAAUCAAUAAUGCAACACGUUAUAAUGCCACAAUUAAAGUAAUUUUCGAAAGAAAAAAUUUGAAAAUUGCUAGAGAAAGUAAAAAUAGGAUAACGGUUAAUGUACGUCACGAAACAUAAAGAGGACUAUUUAAUUUGUUUUCUUCACGAUCUACCUAUAUAGUUUACAAGAAUACAUCCGUGUCAAUUUCAUGCAAAUCAGACGCAGAGGAACCGUAUACAGGCGUAAUCUAAUUAUCCAAUCACCCUAAUGCAAUCCUAAUUCAUGUUCUCUGUCGUAGAUGUAGUACUGUUUACUGAGCAUGGAUGAUAAGUCUGCGACAUUUGUUGUGACUUUGUCAUAACAGUUUUUUCAUUUGGUGUUUGUAAAACCUAGCGUCAGUUGCAACAGUGCGCAUGUGAACCUCGUUGCCCUCGUGGCGCAAACACGAACGGCGGCGUCGAAGACAAGAGGCAAGUUCGUCGUUGGUUUGAUGAACGAAAACAACAGUCCUCGUCAUCGCGCCGUGUUCUAUUAAUAGCUCGGCACUGUGCCGGCUCUUUGUAGAUUUGUCGAGGGUCGUGGCGAGCUCAUUGAUUCAUUGAUCAUAUCAUGGGAGAACGAUGCGUCUCUUGCGGAAGUGCGAUCGUUGUUGGACUAUUGUAACCCUCUGUAGAAUAACAGUGACAAAAUAAUAUUCAAUUAGAAACAAUCACCAUUAAGGCGUGAAUGAUGAAAAGAAUUAUUUACGUUUACGAUAAUUUGUAAUUUUCAUUACUAAUAAUUAUUACUUCGUAAUUUGGAAAUUGCAAUGAAUCGCCAAUUGCAUGUUUUGUAAUUUAAAUUUAGUAAAGAGCGGUAGUUACUAAUUAUACGGUCCUAACUUACUAACUGCAUUGAUAACUUGAUUCAUUCACCGCUUGAUAUUAGAUGUUAAAUAUUCGAUAAUGAAUUGCUUGUUCUUCUAAUUACAUUGUAAUAUGGAGGCGUGUAUUUUCGGUCAACUAUAACGAUCCACUAUCCGGAUUAAUUAUCUAAAGUUUCUUAUAUUCGUAUCUUUGGGUGAGUCACAGGAACGAUCGAUCAUUUCGAGGCUUUCGAGUGACGGGGGUCGUGAAAACAAAGUGUAGCAUAAAAGCGGAAAAUUGCUUGCAGGAACAUAUAGUGAUAGAGAUUUGUGUUGAUGAUAACAAUUGAUAUUCUCGAAAUGGGAAAUGAGAAUGAAAUUCUUGCUGUAUACAAGCGUAAUUCCGUUACUGAGUGGUUGCAGAAAACCGGACAAGCCACGGACUGUGUAAAUAAUGGUAGCGAGAGUCCAGUUUUCGAGGGCGGUGGCAAUGGUGCAGGCGCUAGUGGUUUGAGACUUGCAGCCCAUGAACUACCGAAUGAAAUUUCCGCACCCUACGAAGUACCUCAAUUUCCAAUUGAGCAAAUCGAGAAGAAACUUCUAAUCCAACGACAACUGACCGUCAAAGUUGCAAAGGAUCUUGAGGAACGCCGCAGUCAUUAUGAGCCAUCGCUUCAUCCAGGAAUUCCUGAUGACAUUGAUCAUGCCUUUAAGAUCGAAGAAAAUGAUUUUGUGCCUCAUUUUCAACGAGUCUCCAUAUCUGGCGAAGACACUUCCGGGGUACCUCUGGAAGAUCUUCAAAGGGCCUCCAAAAUGUUGGUGCAAGCGUUGGCAAUACGUGAAAAAUAUAUGAACAAUUCCAAGCAGAGCUUCCCCUCUAUUACUUCUAGAUUUUUGCGUAGUAUCGAUAAAAGGCCGCUCACUACGGACGACGAAGUUCAUCACGACGAUCGCAAGGCGAUCGAAGGGAAAGAGCUACUGGAGAUUGAGAAAGAAAUCGGCGGCACUCAAUCCGACGCGGACAUCGACGCGCUGAUCAAAGACGUCUCUCGGACAGGUCUUCCUAAUCACCCGGUACAUGCGCCUGCCUCUCGGGGCGAUCCGUGGGAAUGCGAAUUUCCACCGACGAAGAAUUACAAGAUCGCACCGGUCAAUGGCGUGUUCAACCUGUUCGCCAAUGACGAGGACCUGGCUAACGGCAAGCCGCUCCCGUAUUCGUAUCCGGACCUGGCGACCUUCGUUCGGGACAUGAACCUCCUGUGCGUCAUGAUUGCCGAUGGACCUUUAAAAUCCUUCUGUUAUCGAAGAUUGAGUUACCUCUCUUCCAAGUUUCAGCUACACGUGCUGCUAAAUGAACUCAGAGAACUGGCGAGUCAGAAAGCCGUGCCGCACAGAGAUUUCUAUAAUAUUAGAAAGGUUGAUACUCACAUACAUGCGGCUUCGUGCAUGAAUCAAAAGCACCUACUCAGAUUCAUCAAAAAAACGUUGAAGAAUCACGCCGACGAAGUCGUCACUUGUUCCAAAAGUGGUGAGACCAUGACACUCCGCGAGGUUUUUCAAUCUAUGAAUCUGACGACCUACGAUUUGAGCGUCGACAUGUUGGACGUGCAUGCAGACAGAAACACAUUUCAUAGAUUUGACAAGUUCAACGCGAAGUACAAUCCUAUCGGUGAGAGUCGCUUGCGUGAGGUUUUCCUCAAGACUGACAAUUAUCUGAACGGCACGUAUUUCGCGCGGAUAAUCAAGGAGGUCGCAAGCGAUCUUGAGGAGUCUAAAUAUCAGAAUGCAGAGCUGCGUCUUUCGAUUUACGGCAAAGGUCCAGAAGAGUGGGAUAAAUUAGCUAAGUGGGCAAUCCAGAGUGACGUCUAUUCGGAUAAUGUGCGCUGGCUUAUACAGAUUCCUAGAUUAUAUGAUAUCUUUAAACUGAACAAGCUUAUGACGAACUUCCAAGAGAUUAUUAACAACAUCUUCCUGCCGCUCUUCGAAGUGACCAAUGAUCCUAAUUCUCAUCCGGAGCUGCAUAAAUUUCUUCAAUACGUAAUAGGUUUUGAUUCUGUAGACGAUGAAAGUAAACCAGAAAAUCCUCUCUUCGAUAAAGAUGUUUCUCCACCUGCAGAAUGGGAUGAUGUAGAGAAUCCGCCAUACGGAUAUUAUCAAUAUUACACUUAUGCAAAUAUGACGGUUCUCAAUCACUUUAGAGCAGAACAAGGUUUUAAUACAUUUGUCCUGAGACCUCACUGCGGUGAAGCAGGACCCGUUCAACAUCUCGUGUGUGGCUACAUGAUGGCGGAGAACAUUUCACACGGCCUACUGCUCAGAAAAGUUCCCGUGCUUCAAUAUCUGUAUUACCUGGCGCAAAUUGGCAUCGCAAUGUCGCCGCUUAGUAACAAUUCACUUUUCCUGAAUUAUCACCGUAAUCCACUUCCAGAAUAUCUUGCUAGAGGGCUAUGUGUAAGCUUGUCCACGGAUGAUCCUCUCCAAUUUCAUUUUACUAAGGAACCUUUGAUGGAAGAAUAUAGUAUUGCUGCGCAAGUGUGGAAACUCAGUUCGUGUGAUAUGUGCGAGCUAGCACGCAAUUCCGUUCUAAUGAGUGGUUUUCCACAUAAGAGCAAGCAGUAUUGGUUGGGACCUAACUAUACGAAAGAAGGAGUCGCUGGUAACGAUAUCACUCGAACUAACGUACCAGACAUACGAGUAGCCUAUCGAUAUGAAACCUUAGUUGACGAACUAUCCAAUAUUUUCAAGGUCGUGGAGAAACCUGAGUCACUUCCUUUUUAAUAAUCCAUUACCAUUUGGAUUUUGUCAAAACCGAUAGAUCGAUUAAUGUGAAAUGAUGUUCAACUCAAAUAUCGAUGAAUUACGAAUAUGCAUGUGAUUUAUUCUUGUGAUACCUGAUUUUACAUUGACUAUAGAAUAUUUUUCAGACGAAUUAUGAAUUCACAGCGCAUUAUUUUCUCCUAUUUCUAAAUUAUCGAUUUUUUUUGUCAUAUGUACAAUAGGGUAAAGGCGGGCAUUAUGGCCAUAGUUUCUAUUUGAGGUCAUAAUUUUCAAACAGCUGGCUUUUUUAAUUCGUAACUUUCUGAAAUUCUAGUGUAUUUAAUAAGCUUUAAUGACGAAAUGUCUUGAUCAAUUAAAAUCUAUCCAUAUUCGAAGAAAAAAAAAGAAUCUGAAAGCAUGCGUUUUGGCCAUAUUAAACGUGAGGUGGAUAAUAUGGCCAACUAUAAAAAAAGUGUAACAUUUUGCAAAAGUGAGGCAAUUUUAAUUGUACAAAACAUAAACAUUGAAGCAUUUGAAACGUCGGAUUGAGGUAGCUGGCUCGCUCGAAUCUCGGGCUUGCUUUCUUUCUCUCUCUCUCUCCUCUCCAAACCACAAAUAACAACAAAAUAGAAAGGUUCUUGUUACCAAACUUCAAGAAUAGCUGCAAUAAUUGGUUUUUAUACAUUAUCGAUGUUUAUCAAUGUUUAGAAUAUUUAAUACGGGCAUUGUGGCCAUAUUACCCGCCUGGCCAUAAUGCCCGCCUUUACCCUAUAAUUCGAGGAUGAAACUUUGAACAGCAUCAAUUGAAUUAUAUUUUAUGUAUUGAAGUACAAUCUUAAAUAUUUUAUAUCACAGAAAAUUAUCAUAUAAAAACGUGUUUAACCUCGCAAUCUGUAUCGCAUAAUAUAAAGAAAAACGAGAUUGUAAAUAUGUAAAAGAUCAAUGUGAUUUCGUAAAGUAUUACAAUUCUGUACUAAAUUAGUCAAGUUAAUUCUAUAUAAUUUCUAAAUUGAUUUCAUAAUUUAGUAAAAUAAAAAUCUAUUUGUUGCCGACAUAAAUUAUAUGACUUUUACCCCAAGUAGCAAGGUGACGUCAAAUAACGUUUUAAUGACGUCUUCUUGACGUUUCAAACGUCAUUAAAACAUCUUUAAGACCAUAUUUGACGUCAGUUUGCUACUUGGGACGUAUGUAUCGUUUAAUUAUCGUACAUCUUUUUUUAAAACUAAUCGCAAGAAUAAAUCGAUAAGAAUUAUUUAUACAUAUACGUUGACCAAUUUAAUAGUAGUUGUUAGAUUUCUUCUAUUGUUGCAACGUUUAUAAUACACAUUAGCGUAUAUGCCGUAUAUACAUAUUGUAAUACGAACUACUAAGCUAGAAACGAAUAUUACAUUUAUUUACCUUGACGUUAAGCUCGUGAUAAAAUAAGUUCAAUUUUCAUAUCACGACUGUGUACGGUGACAACGGUAUCCCUUUCUUGGAUUUUAGUUUUAUUUUCUUACAUUUUUGUACAUUUAUAUUAUAAUCGUGUUUGAUGUUUGUUUCGGCGAGCAUUCAGAUAGCUAGCUCGUAUACGGUUAGUUAACUCGUGCCAUUGUACAUCCUUCUUUCCACAAAUAGUGUAAAUACGAAAUUAAUUUAGAUAUAACUAAAUUAGAUGUAACUAAGAUAUUUUACGAGUUACAUGCGUGCCAAGAUAUAAUGCAGCGACAUAAACAUGUUUCUCGUUGUUUUAACUUUAUGGAUCUUUUUACUUUUUUUUUUGUGUCUGCCAUUUUCUGAAAGAACUUUCCGAACAACGAGCCUAAGAGAUUUAAAUUAAGUGAUGUACGAUCAUCUAUAACACUGUGCCCUGAUAUCGAAUUUAAAUUAAAUUGUUGCUAGAUAGAAAGAUAUAUAUUUAUUGUAAAAAAAAUAUAUACUAUAUCAAACGAAAAUAUACUUGCAUCGUUAAAACUGAA